AUGAAUGAUUUUCUAAACAAUAUACCCUUUGAGGAAUAUGGUCCAUCGUUCUCCACAGUGGCUUUGCCUAUAGAGGACAACUUUAUCACCACUAUAAGCACUACCACUCAAACGACUAGAGCUACAACUUCGGCUCCUCCUCUUGUCACAACAGAUUCAGAGUUUUCAUGGCAGAAACCUCUUCAAGAGUCGAUAGAUGUGACAAUCAUCCCUACAAUGGCACAACCUGAUUGGACAGUGCCUCCUAUCGAUGAGAUUGAAGAUAUUAGCUUACCCCUCGAACGUACUGAUGAAGAGAAGACAUCGUCUCUAGACAGCCAAGCGGACAGUGAAGAAACAGAAAGUAGUGGUGAAGAAGAGAUAGAUGAGACUUCUACCGAACUGCCGGCAACAAUUGAGACAGCCCCGCUGCUUAUUGACAAUGUGCGGGCGGAAAAUCUCAUAAAUCGAGUGCGAGUUAUGGGUACGAAAAUGGUGCAAAGAGAUCCGAUAGAAUUACCGUCUAAUGAGGUGCCAAAUGAAGUUGAUCGUGAAAUUCUUCCUCCGCAGAAUCAUCAAAAGCGUCAAACAGAAAUUAUGGGAACAAAGAUUUUAGAAGAGGAGCCAGAGUUGGUACAUGAUGAAAUAGCAUUAAACAAGGAGAACCUGAGUGAUGCGUUCUCCGUUCUUAAACUACCCGAAACAGUGAGUUAA